AUGUUACUACGAACCACCUGGGUACACCACAAAUGGGCAAUCUUCUAUUGCGCUGUAUCAGCUAUCGGAGCCCUCUGCUAUGGAUAUGACAAUACAUACUACAACGGUGUAUUGGCCAUGCAAGAAUUCAAGGAUGACUACGGAGACGUUCGUGAUGCCACCGGCAGGCUCGCUCUAUCUUCGUCCUUUCAGUCUCUCACAGCUUCUGCUAUCUACAUUGGCGACUUGUUAGGCGCAAUGAUUGCUGCUCCCCUUAAUGAUCGCUACGGCCGAAAGUCCACGUUCUGGCUGGCUUCAUUCUGCAUAUUCAUCGGUGGCAUUUGUCAAGUCGCAGACACAAUCAGCUCAGAAGCCCUUCUUGUGGUCGGACGCAUCUUGAUUGGCCUUGGAGUGGGCCAGUUCACUGUCACUUCAUUGCUGUACAUCGGCGAAGUUGCACCCUUGGGCAUCCGAGGGCCAGCACUCAUGUGCUUCCAAUUUCUCCAAUCCUGGUCUCAGCUAUGCGCGUCCGCGAUUAACCAAGGCACUAAGAGCAUCACAAGCUCUUUGGGAUACCGUAUUCCUAUGGGAGGCCUUGUCAUCCUUCCUCUGAUCAUGGCCGCCCUUCUUCCCUUCAUCCCGGAGAGCCCGCUGUGGUACGUUCUCAAAAGCCGUCGUACAGAGGCCGAGCAAAGUUUUCGCAAGAUCAAUCAAAGCAACCCGAACUACGACCCGUCAGAGGAUAUGGCUACAGCUGAAAAUGCCAAGAAUAUCGAAGAGGGGCAUGCCGAGUUCUCUUCAUGGGGAGCUCUGAUAACGGAUCCCAUCGAAAGACGCAAGUUGAUCUACUCGGCUGGAGCAAUGUUCAGUCAACAGAUCUGCGGCAUUCUGUUCUUCUACGUUUAUGGUGUUGUAUUCGUACAGGCAAUUGGGUUGGGCGACCCUUUUCUCGUCCAACUGAUUACCAACAUUGUUCAAAUCUUUGCUGUGGGCGCCUCCAUAAUCACUGUCAACAAAGUGCGCCGCCGUACCAAUCUCAUGAUUACCAACUUCAUGAUGCUGGUGGCCUUCAUCAUUAUCGGCGGCGUGGCGGUCAAGCCGCUCACUUCUUCGACACAAUACGUCAUUGUAGUGUUCUCCUUUGUCGUCGUGGUUGGCUUCAACUUCGGCCUUGGCCCCCUUGCGUACACCGUCGCUCGGGAAAUGGCAGUCGGUCCCAACCAGAACAAGAUCAUGUCCGCGAGUAUCGUCAUAUUUUACCUGACGACAUGGGUGGUCUCGUUCACCGCGCCCUAUCUAUACUACGAUGCGGGACUGGGUCCAAUGGUGGGCUUCGUAUACGCGGGUACGACGUGUCUCUCUAUACUGUGGACAUGGUUUUGUGUGGGCGAAACCGCAGGCAGAUCAAGUUUGGAGAUUUCGAGAUUUUUCACUGAGAGGGUACCUGUCAGGGCUUGGAGGAGUCAUGUAUUCUCGGAAAGCGAAUCAUUGGAAGGAAUGAGCUCAGAAGGCAAAGGCAAGGGUUUGCCGAAUGCCCCGUCAAGGGUAGAGCACCAGGAAUUUGCUGUAUAA